CACAAGGCGGCGAUAUUUCUUGGCCAAGUCAAAUCCACCGAAAAAAAAUCAGAAAGGGCGUCGUUUUUAAAGCACGUUGUUUUUUUUUCCAACAACGGCUGUGUUGUUGUCUUGGUACUGUAAAUACAAGCAGUAACUAGCUAGCUGGUUCGGUUCAAUACUUUUUUUCUUCAGUUCAAUACUUGUGUUGCAAAACAGACGUGGCGAACGUUACGCAUUUAUACUAAGAAGCUCACACUGUAUAGGAAAUGGAAAACUUGGAUUUCUCAGAAGAUGAAAUUCAACAACAAUUGGAGGCACUUGGUUACAACAACAUACCAAGACACAGACUACAUGAAUUGAAAAGAGAUCUAGAUGAACUGAUCCGACAUGAAAAAUCUAAGAGCCACUCAUCCAGUGAAUGGAACUCGACAAGAUCUCAAAGCACCAUCUUCAAAAGUCCUCCUGCAGUCACCAAGGUUAAAGUACAGGAUAACACUGCAGCCUUCAGAAAUGUGUUUGCCCAGGAUGGUCCAUCACACCAUGAAAGACGGGUGCUAACCUCCACAUACAGCAGAGAUAACAGUAACUAUGGUGCCAGACAGGAUUAUGACUCCUACACUCAGCACUCUGUUGCCCCCAAGUACCAGCGCCCCUCAACAGCCCCUAAUAGGCUGGAAGUGGAUCCAGACCUAACUGACCUCCAGCAGUUAUCGUUCGCUGUCAGUCAGUCAUCCACACCAGACCGAGACACAGGAGCGCAUGGGAGACCCUUUAUCAAGAGGAAAGUCCUUAGGAAACAUCAAGGCCAAGUUCACAUCUGCGAUGAAUCAACACACAGUGAAGAUUCUGGUGCAGUGAGUGGGCAGGGGGAGCGUCUGGGAGGGAUUCCUGUGUCCAUGUCCACCCAUCAGGAGUUGGAGCUGGAGAGUGAUGAAGCAGGCAGUCUGAGUGACAGGUCGGCGUCGGACCGUCUCCCAAGUGCCUUCAAAGCCUACAUCAGAGGCAUGGCCAGAUCUCGGAGUGAGAUUGACAUCAGACCCCAGCCCAAGUCGUUUAUCCGCCCAGUAAAGGAUCAUCCUCACACCAAAAAUCUGAAGAAGACAGACCCAGUGGCAAAGUAUUUCCAGUACAAGCAGGACUGGGAAAUGUUCAAGGCGCCAGGAGAGAAGCAUAGAAAAGCAUUGCACUGGGAAAUCAGGGAACAGCUCACGUACCAACCUCUACCACCGAAGCCUCGAAGAGUAUUUGUGCCCAACACAUACGUGGUGCCUACAGAGAAGAAACGCUCCGCCCUGAGAUGGGAAAUACGACAUGACUUGGCCAAUGGACUCCUACCGCCUAUCAACUAUCGACUCUAGGCCUUAUGUUCUUUACGCCCAAAAUAGGCUCUUUUAAUCACCAGUUUGCAUAUCUUAUCAUUGACAUUUAUUUAUUAUAUUAAAAGGCAUGACAAACA